UUCAGGUCAGUCUUCAGUGUUUGGAGAGUUUUCUCUGCACGUUUCACUGUGUGCGACAACUCAGUGACCCGAGAGCAAAGGAUGCGCUCAAAUUCUGCUCGGACAUGAGUGGGGCCAGUAACACCCUGGCACGGGAGUUCCUGACGGAUGUGCACCAGUUGUGUAGUGCGGUGGCCCAGCGGGCCGAGGACGAGGAGGAGAGUCACAUGGUGGCGCUGGGAGAGUAUCUGGUGCGGGGACGCGGGUUCUUGCUCCUCAGCACCCUGGACUCUGUCAUUGACCAGGAGUUGACCUGUCGGGAAGAGCUGCUUACACUUUUGUUGUCUCUGCUACCUCUGGUCUGGAAGAUUCCUGUUCAGGAGGAAAAAGCCCCAGAUUUCACCCUGCAUUCACUACUAGAGGUGUUUCUAUGCCAAGAGGGAAGGACCAUCCCUCAAAAGGCGGGGCAAGAUAGAUGUGAUGUGCAGAACUCUGGGAAGCGUUUAUCUGGCUCCUGGAAGUCACGUCGUUCACGAAGGACAGCUCAGCGAUACUCUGUGAGGGAUGCACGCAAAUCUCAGCUUUCCACAUCAGAUUCUGAAGCCAACUCGGAUGAUAAGACCACAAAUACUGGGAGCAAACAUCGCCGAUUCCACAAUUCGGCCAUUCGUGUUAGUUGCCAGCUCCAUCAGUCCAACAAUCCAUCACAGCCAGCAUCGCAACAUCCCACUCUCGAUGCCAUGGGCACCAUUGAGCCUUCCCAACCUCACAUAAGACUGUUUGGAUCUCACACUCUAGAUCCUAACAUGCUAACAGACCCCACUACUCUCUCCAUCUUCAACCGCAUGGAGAACUCGCCUUUUGACCUUUGCUAUGUUCUACUUUCUCUUCUUGAAAAAGUCUGCAAAUUCGACAUGACCAUCAAUCAUAACCCAGGCUUGGCGGUCAGCGUUGUUCCCACGCUCACAGAGAUACUCACAGAGUUUGGUGACUGCUGUGGUCCCAGUGGUGGUGGUGGAGGUGGGAUCGAUGAGCUAGCUGGAGGCUGGACUGAGGAGCCAAUUGCACUUGUUCAAAGGAUGCUUUUACGCACCAUUCUGCACUUGAUGUUUGUAGAUGUGGGUCAAAAUGAGACACUGCCUGAUAAUCUGCGUCGAAGCUUGACUGACCUCCUCAGAGCAACUUUAAAGAUUCGUACCUGUUUAGAAAGGCAAGCUGACCCUUUUGCUCCAAGGCCAAAGAAGACUCUGCAGGAGAUACAAGAAGAUUUUUCCUUUUCAAGGUACCGUCACCGGGCCUUGCUACUGCCUGAACUCUUGGAGGGUGUCCUGCAGCUACUACUAGGUUGCUUACAGACCUCUGCUCCCAACCCUUUCUUUUUCAGUCAGUCUCUUGAGUUAGUUCAUGAAUUUGUUCAACACCGUGGCUUGGAGCUCUUUGAGGCAACAGCUCUGCGCCUUGAGGCCUUAGCAGAAGCUCGAGAUUCAGAAGUCGGCAAUGAGGCAUCAGAGCAUCUGCGUUGUCUAAUAGCUGAUGUACUUAAGAUAAUCAGUGCUGUCAAGAGGGCCAAGUCAGAGCAGCUACACCAGUCUGUUUGUGCACGUCGUCGACACCGUCGCUGCGAAUACUCCCACUUUUUGCACCAUCACCGUGACCUCUCAGGACUACCGGUAUCCGCUUUCAAGCAAGCAGCCCGACGUAAUCCUUUUGAGGAGAUCUCAGAGGGUCAUGACGGAGAAGUGCGGUACCCCGAACGCUGUUGUUGCCUUGCAGCUUGUGCCCACCAAUGCUUGCGUCUUUUCCAGCGCUUGUCACCAUCAGGUCCUGCUGUGCUGCAGGUACUGGCUGGAGUGCAAGCUGCUGGCAUCUGUUGCUGCAUGGACCCGAGGUCUGUAAUUGGACCAAUGCUCCAGGCAUUUCAGGCUCCAGGACUUCGGAGCUACCAGUCCCAUGUGUUGAGUGUCCUUAGUAGACUAGUCUUAGAACAGCUUGGAGGUGGUCAACCUUCCGAAAAGGCCAAGCUUGCCUCCUGCAACAUUUGCACUUUGGAUAGUAGCCAGUUACCUGGCCUUGAAGAGACUCUGCAGGGCUAUGGACCUAAAAAAGAAUUGAACUUAUCCACGUCCCCAUCUCCCUCUUAUCGUUCCCAAGGUAUUCUGCCCAGUGGAGGAGCUGAAGACAUGCUAUGGAAGUGGGAUGCUUUAGAGGCCUAUCAAGAAAUUGUGUUUGGGGAAGACUGGCAUUUGAGUCAACAAAUUGCCGGUCAUGUAUGCCAGUUGACUUUACGAGGCAAUGCAGUAGUGCAAUGGCAACUCUACACUCAUAUUUUUAAUCCAGUGCUUCAGCGGGGUGUGGAACUAACCCAUCAUGCCCAGCAACUUGGUGUGUCAACUACGUGUAGCCAAGUCUGCAGUUACCAUACCCAUUGCCUCCCGGUUGAAGUACUACUGGUUUAUCUUCAAGCUCUGCCUGUUCUGCUGAAGUCAAGCCGGGUGGUACGGGACCUGUUCCUGAGUUGUAAUGGACUGAACCAAAUCACAGAGUUGAUCUACUUGGACUGUACUCGUCCGUGGGCACUGAAAGCGUUCGAGACACUUAUCUUGAAUGCAUGGCACCAUCACACGGAAUCUGCUGUGCAUGAGCUAGAAAGAGCGGAAGCUCAGGAGAGAGAAGCUGUUCUUGGGCUUGUAGAGGAACUGAAUUCACGUGGGGCUGGUGAUGGACCUCAGAGCCUCACUAAGUUUUAUGAAGGCCUGAAAGAGGCAUGCCCUCACCCAAAGGGCAAAAGUGCAUUCUCUGCAGUAGCGCGUAACCGAGGCGAGGUGCAUUUGAAUACGAUCAACCUUUUUCUGUGUGUAGCCUUCUUAUGUGUAAGCAAGGAGGCAGACUCUGACAGAGACUCUGCAAAUGACUCUGAAGACACCUCAGGCUAUGAUAGUACAGCUAGUGAACCAUUGGGUGGACGACUGCCCUGCCUUUCCCCAGACAGUGUUGCUCUUCCCUCUAAAGAACAGAUAAGGAGGGCUGCCGAUGUUUGGUCAGUAUGCCGUUGGGUGUACAUGGCCAGUCCAGUAUUCCAGAGGCAGUUCUUUAGACUGGGAGGCCUAGAUGUCUGUUCGCGUCUAAUGACAAUGGUGAUCCAGAAACUCACGUCUAAAAACAAAGACUGUAAAUUUAAGAAAAAGAGAGAGAGUAAGGGUAAAAGCAGUCCAUCUCAUGUAGACUCUCCCACUCAAGCUCUUGCAGGACAGUUUGAUAAUAUAGCGACAGCCGCUGGUACAGAGAAAUCCCACCAGCACGACACUUUCAGCCCCUCUCAGGUCGAGAGCAAGUCAAGUGACCCAACACACAGGCUUGAAGAGGAAUGGCCUCUCCAGAGCAUCCGACUGCUGGAGGCACUUUUGGCAAUCUGCCUCCACAGUGCCAAUUCAGCCCUACAGAGACUUGAACCAGACCUAUCCUUUCAGCUGCAGUCUGUGGAGGAGACGCUGUGUGAGGUCCGGGAUCAACUCUCUCGAUCUGGAGUUGUGAAUUCUGAACUAGCAGUUCCUCUGUUUGAUUCCUUACUUCGUGUGGCACUGGCUGAGAUGUUCUGCAGUCCAGAUGUCAUCGAGGAGAAACCUGACAAGAAGUCUCAAGUCAGUGGUGAGGUGGCACCUCCAGCAGGUGAUCUGUCAGAGGAGGUGGAUGAAGCUCAGGUGAGUGGGGCUCCACCCUUGGGAGAAGAGGAAGGCUAUGAGGCAGACAGUGAAAGUAACCCUGAGGACUCCACCCGUCAGGAGGAAGGGAUAAAGGUGGAGGCUGGAGUCUCGUCGGGGGAAUGUACGUUAGGAAUGGCAGGAGUGCCUCAGGGCUCCGGCCGCGGCCAUCUGCUGUUCCCGGAGAUCUGCUUGAUGGAGCUACAGCUGUUAGCCAGUGGCUCUCCAGACCUGGAGGUUUUGGGCCACGUUUUGCAGAGCCUGUUUGGAGCUGUGAAAGGCCACCACAACAACGCAGCGCUGCUCUACCAGCAGGGUGGUGUGAAAGCUAUUCUCACUGGAUUUCAGAACAUUCUCAGCCAAUCAGAUGCCUCCUAUAAAGAGUGCCAGACAAUACUGAUGGAGCUGCUUGUUGCCAUGGUGAGUGACAGGAUGACAUCGGAGGAACUCGCCCUGUUGACACGCCUCUUCCUGGAGAAGACUCCGCCCACUGAGAUCUUGCUGAGAGGCUUGCUUCAGAUUGUGGAGGCUAAUGCAGACACAGAGCCGCUCUACUUCAUGUCCUUUCCCAUGAUCCCUGGCGCAGGGGUCCCUGGCUUGAGCUCCUCCCCUGGGAUGAGGCCUCAUGGGACAGCUGGUGGUAAGGGUGGAGUAAACACUCUUUUGAGGGGUAAAUUACCCCUGGGCCGUGGUGAAGCAGACCUGAGCAGGCCCGGUCAUCUGCGCAGCUCUCCCUGGCAUACGGCACCCUUCCACCUGCCUCUGGUGGGACAGAACUGCUGGCCUCACAUGGCGAGUGGCUUCAGUGCCUCACUGUGGGUACGAGCGGGGAAGGAUGAGGACGGGCGUUACAAGAAGGAAGAGGAGGCCCUGCAUGGUCCCGCUCAUGUCUCGGAGCAGCAGACAGACAGAUGCCUCCUCCAUGUCCUCUCCAUGGGCUCUAAGGCACUGAUGCUUCAGGUGUGGGUGAACAUCUCCACCGGAGCCUUUACCUUCAGUGGAUGCUCCAGAAUUGACACAGCGGAGGCAUUUUACCUGUAUGCCAGCGGCCCUGACCUCACCUCCAUCAUGCCCUGCAAGUACGGCAAGCCUCACGGGACACUGUCCAAGUACGUGACACAGGAGGGUCUUCAGUGUGAGCAGAUACGAGAGCUCCUCAUGAGGAAUACAGACGUCGACAUCGCACCUCUUAUUGAGAGUUUAGCAGUAGUUUAUGCCCCCAGCACGCCGUCUCUCUACACCAUAUAUGAGCCGGUGAUCCGUCUGAAGGGCCAGGCCAAGUCAGCGGUGGCUUCCCAGCGGCCCUUCAGUGCCAAAGAGGUCCAGAGCUCCAUCCUGGAGCCUCCUUUCCUCAGGACCAUGAUGCCCUGCCAGGCUCUCGGCCUACACAGUGUCCUGCACAAGAUCGGAGGCACCGGCGCUUUUGUCUUCCUGUUCGCUCGGGCGGUGGAGUUGAGCGACUGUGAGAAAACUCAAGCUCUGGCGCUGCAGCUGCUGCUGUCUCUGGUUAAGAACAACCAGCAUCGCACUCAUGAGAUGGAGUGUUACCACGGCUAUUCCAUGAUUCACCAGGUUCUCAUCAAGCCUAAGUGCAUUGUGGGAUACCACAUUCUGAAGAUGCUGUUGGACGGCUGCUGCAGCGGGUCAAUCCUGACGAUCGGAGAAGACGGACAGUUUCAUCUGGAUGCUGAAACCACUGUGGUGCUGCAAGAUCUCAGACUGCUGUCUGAAAUACUGCUGGACUGGAAGAUAUGGGCCAAAGCGCAGUGUGGCGUGUGGGAGAUGCUGCUGACUGCUUUAGAGAUCCUCAUCCGGGUGCAUCACCCUCAGCAGAUGUUCAACAUUCGACAGCUCCUCAAGGCCCAGGUGGUUCAUCGCUUCCUGCUCGCCUGCCAGGUGCUUCAGGAGCAUCGAGACGAGUACCUGACCUCCAUCCCGCAGGAGGUCUGCCUCUCGUUUGUCAAAAUCAUCCAGGAGGUUCUGGGGUCUCCUCCGGACCUGGACCUGCUGCGGCUGGUCUAUAAUUUCCUGUUGGCCGUUCACCCCCCCACCAACACUUACGUGUGCCACACGCCCACCAGCUUCUACUUCUCUCUGCACAUCGAUGGUAAGCUGUACCAGGAGAAGGUUCAGUCCAUGAUGUACCUGCGGCACUCCAGCAGUGGAGGGAAAUCAGCCUGCAGCUCUGUGCUUUCACUCUCUCCCUCCGUCUUCACAGAGACGCCCGCCGAAGUGCGCUACACUUCCUCCCUUGAGCAUGGUGAUGAAGAUCUGUCACUGCGGCCCCCAAGCAUUGGCCCGUCUCCGCACUCUUCUCCGGCCCUGACACCCCGUCUGACCCAUGGGAGUGUGAUGGGGACCACUGAGCCUGAGGGGACAUCCCUGAGUACCCAGCAUGCCCUGGGCAGCACGGAGACCCUGAAGCGGGCCGGAGACGAGCAGCUCCUCAGCAGCUGUGAGUCGGCAAAGACAAUAUGUGACUCUCAGAACGUGGGCGGUGAUGAGGAGAGCAGCGUCACGGGAAACCGAACGCCCUCCAUCAGCGUAGAGGAGGAGCAUGACGGCCCAGCGGGCAGCCCGGUGGACUCUGAGGACCAUUUCAAUUGGACCAGCGAGGAAGCGCCACGCCGACCGGACAGCCUGAAGGGAAUCCAGUCCUUCCAGAGGAGCCACAGUAACCUGGCCAGUCUGGGUUUGGCUUUUCCCGCACAGAACGGCUCUCUGACUAUUGCUCGCUGGCCCACCGUGGCUGACCGUGCCGCUCCACCGGACGACUGGGAAAGUUACACCUACUCACCCGGGUAUGACAGACACAGCAAGGCGGACUCCAGUAAUGACAGAUCCAGUGCUGAAGACUGUCUGGUUCUGAUCUGCUGCGGUCUGUACGAUCUGCUGAGAGGAGUUCUGCUGCUGCUGCCGGACCUCCUGCUGGAGGAGGUGAUGGACAAACUCGUCCAGCCGGAGGCUCUUCUCGUUCUGGUCAACCACUCUUCUCCUCUCAUACAGCAGGGCGUCAUGAAGCUGCUGGACGCCUACUUUAGCCGCACUCAGAAAGAGCAGAAGGAGAAGUUCCUGAAGAAUCAUGGGUUUUCACUGCUGGCCAAUCAGCUGUACCUGCACCAGGGUUCACAGGGUCUGCUGGAGUGUUUCCUGGAAAUGCUGUUCGGACGACCGGUCGGGAUCGAGGAAGAUCUGGAUCUGGAGGAUAUGGAGAGCAUCUCCCCGUUCAGGAAGCGCUGUAUCAUCCCUGUGCUGGGUCUGCUGGAGAACUCUCUGUACGAGAACUCACUCGUGCACAACGGCCUGUGUCUGCUGCUGCAGCUGCUCAACGCCUGCCCGAAGCUGGCUGACAUCCUGCUGGACCACGGCUUGCUCUACGUGCUCUUCAACACGCUGUCCACCCUCAACGGCCUGGAGAACGGGAUUCCUCCGAAUGACUACAAGCUGGUGGUGUGUGACAUUCAGCAGCUGCUGGUGGCCGUCACCAUCCACUCCUGCAGCUCCUCGGGAUCUCAGUACUUCCGCAUCAUUGAAGACCUGAUCACCCUGUUGGGCUACAUGCAGACCAGCAAAGUUCGGCGCACACAGGAAAUGGCCACAGCACUGCAGUUCCGCGUGAUCCAGGCAGCCAUCGAUUUCAUUAAGACCACGGCCAAUCAGGACCCUCAGAAAUCCAGCAGCUACGAUCACGUGCCCACUUCACCGCAUCACGCUCUACAGCAGAAACGCAAGAGUAUCGCAGGUCGGAGGCGGUUCACGGUGGCCCAGUCAGACUCGCUGCUGACGCGAAUGCGCUCGGUGGCCAGCGAUGAACUUAACCAGAUGAUGCAGCGCAGGAUGAGUCAAGAAAACCCCAUCAGAGCCAGCGAGACGGAGCUGGUCCAGAGACUGCAGAGACUCGUGGUUCUGGCUGUUAACAGACUCAUCUAUCAAGACAUUAGCCAGGAUUUCUUUGACUUCCUGAACUUUCCCGAGUCUCCUGAUCACUCGAAGUCCAUGCCGUUACCUGGCGAGCAAACGACCGAUGAGAACGGCUCCACGCCAUCCACCCCGAUCCCACCGGGCAACAUGAAGAGCUUCCGCAAAGAUAUUCUCAAACUAAUGAUGGAGGGCAUAAAGAUAGGCUUGGGCAGCACCGGUCGUGGUGGUGCUCCUCGCCAGCAGUGGAAGCGAAUCCUCUGGUCCUGUCGCGACACGUUCAGGGUUCAGAUCGGCCGCAUGCUGGUGCACACGCUCAGCCCCGCAGUUCCUCUGGAGGACAGGAAGGAGGCGCUAGAGUUUGUCCACGAGCAGAGCUACUCCGAGAUCCUCAGAGAAAGCCUGAGUCCCGGCCUCGAGCACGGGCCCAAGCUGGCUCUGUAUCUGUACGAGCUGUUACACGAUCACAAAGACGCCCUGAGCAAAGAAGAACAGGCGGCUGCCAACACCUUCAUGACAGCGCUGAAACUCUGCGGCCACCGCUGCAUCCCACCCAGCGCUCCCGCCAAACCAGACCUCCUCAAAGCCAUCAAAGAGGAGCAACUGAAAUACGAGUCAGAGGCAAGAACCAGCAAAGGAGCCUGGGAAAAGAAGCUGGCCAACACGCAGAGGAGCUUGUUGCAGAGGCUGGAUGGGAAGUCGAAGGACAUCUCGAAGAUUGCUGCUGACGUCACCCAGAACGUGUCUCUCAGGCAGGGCAUGGAGCGGAAGAAGGUCAUGCAGCACAUCAGAGGCCUUUACAAGACCGACCUGAGCGCCAGCCGCCACUGGCAGGAGCUCGUGCAGCAGCUCACUCACGACCGGGCGGUGUGGUAUGAUCAGUCAUCUUACCCCACUUCCUGGCAGCUGGAUCCCACCGAGGGGCCCAACCGAGAGCGGAGACGCCUGCAGCGCUGCUACCUGACCAUCCCUAACAAAUAUCUGCUGAAAGACCGACGCAAACUAGACGAUGCCAUCAAGGCUCCUCUGGCCUUCCUUUUUGAGGACAAAACUCACUCCUCUUCAUCCAUAGUGAAGGACAAAGCCACCAGUGAGCCCAUCAGGUUUACAAGAAAGUGCGUAAGUGUGGCGCCCUCUAGAGAGACGGCAGGAGAGCUGUUGCUGGGAAAAUCUGGGAUGUACUUUGUGGAGGAUAAUGUUGCAGAGACACUUGAUAACCAAAGUCCUCAUGGAGAGACGGAACCGGCCUCCUUCUCCUGGACGUAUGAGGAGAUAAAGGAGGUUCACAAGCGCUGGUGGCAGCUCAGAGACAAUGCUAUGGAGAUCUUCCUCACCAACGGCAGGACGCUGCUGCUCGCGUUUGAUACCACCAAGUUCCGUGACAACGUCUACCACAACAUUCUAAGCUCAGAGCUGCCCAACCUGCUGGAGUACGGGAACAUCUCUGCCCUCACGCACCUGUGGAGCUCAGGACAGAUAACUAACUUCGAGUACCUCACCCACCUCAACAAGCACGCGGGCCGCUCCUUCAACGACCUCAUGCAGUAUCCCGUCUUCCCCUUCAUCCUGCGAGACUAUACCAGUGAGACGCUGGACCUGCAGGACACCUCCAUUUACAGGAACCUCAGCAAACCCAUCGCGGUGCAGUCUAAAGAGAAGGAAGACCGUUAUGUGGACAAUUACAGGUACCUGGAGGAGGAGUAUAAGAAAGGCAAGAGAGAGGACGACCCCAUGCCCCCCGUCCAGCCCUAUCACUACGGCUCUCACUACUCCAACAGCGGCACCGUCCUGCACUUCCUCGUCCGGCUGCCUCCCUUCACCAAGAUGUUUCUGGCCUAUCAAGACCAAAGCUUUGAUAUUCCUGACCGAACGUUCCACUCCAUGAACACCACGUGGCGUCUGUCAUCAUACGAGUCCAUGACGGAUGUCAAAGAGCUCAUCCCAGAGUUCUUCUACCUGCCCGAGUUUCUGGUCAACAGAGAAGGUUUUGACUUUGGCGUGCGGCAGAACAGCGAGCGGGUGAACCACGUGAAUCUGCCGCCGUGGGCCAGGAAUGACCCGCGACUCUUCAUCCUCAUUCACAGACAGGCUCUGGAAUCAGAUCAAGUCUCGCAGACACUCUGCCAGUGGAUUGACCUGGUGUUUGGACUCAAGCAAAAGGGCAAAGCUGCAGUCCAGGCCAUCAAUGUCUUUCAUCCUGCAGUACGAUUCCUUAUUAUGUACAGCUAUAGAACACCUGUGCAGCGUCGGGCUCUAGAAACUAUGAUCAAGACGUACGGCCAAACACCCAGACAGCUGUUCAACGCCUCGCACAUCAGCCGAGCCGGAACCAAACUCCUAUCAGAGGCAGAACUGCCCGCAGCCAUGGGCCUCCUGGUGCAGCUGGCCUUCAGAGAGAGCCGCGAGCACCCCAAAGAAACCGUCUACCCGAGUCCUCUGCCGUGGAUAAAGGGCUUGAAAUGGGGCGAGUAUGUGGGAUCCCCCAGUGCUCCGGACCCCGUGGUCUGUUUCAGUCAACCUCACGGCGAACACUUCGGCUCCCUGCUGGCGCUGCCCACGCGUGCCAUCUGCGGCCUCUCGCGCAAGUUCUGCCUCAUGAUGAUCUACAGCAAAGAGCAAGGUGUAAGGAGCAUGCACAGCACCGAUAUACAGUGGUCGGCUAUUCUGAGCUGGGGUUACACCGACAACAUGCUGCGUCUGAAGAGCAAACAGAGCGAGCCACCCAUCAACUUCAUCCAGUGCUCACCGCUGCACCAGGUGACUAGUUGUGCCUGGGUGCCGGACAGUUGUCAGCUGUUUACAGGCAGUAAGUGUGGAGUCAUAACCGCCUACAGCAACCGCUUCACCACCACGAUGCCGACAGAGAUGGAGGUGGAGACGCAGCUUCACCUGUACGGUCACACGGCGGAGGUCACGGGCCUGUUCGUCUGUAAACCCUACAGCAUCCUCAUCAGUGUCAGUCGAGACGGGACCUGCAUCCUGUGGGACCUCAACAGGUUGUGUUACGUACAGAGUCUCACAGGUCAUAAGAGUCCAGUGAACGCAGUGUCAGCCAGUGAGACGACCGGAGACAUCGCCACAGUGUGUGAUUCAGUGGGUGGAGGAAGUGAUCUGAGGCUGUGGACGAUCAACGGAGAUUUGAUUGGUCACGUUCACUGUCGAGAGAUCAUCUGUUCGGUGGCGUUCUCCAAUCAGCCGGAGGGAGUGUCGGUCAACGUGAUCGCUGGCGGACUGGAGAACGGUGUGGUCAGGUUGUGGAGCACAUGGGACCUGAAGCCAGUCAGAGAGAUCACCUUCCCAAAAUCCAACAGGCCUAUCAUAAGUCUCACGUUCUCGUGUGACGGUCAUCACCUCUACACGGCUAACAGCGAGGGCACGGUGAUCGCGUGGUGCCGUCGAGACCAGCAGCGCUUGAAGCUGCCCAUGUUUUACUCGUUCCUCAGCAGCUACGCUGCAGGCUGAUCCUGCGUCACGCCGCUCGUUACCCACACAGGAUGGACGCUGAGAGCGACCCUGCCGACCCAGGAAGAGGAGGAGCCAGCAUGCACAAAGCCCCGCCCACGAUCAUCACAGAACCCACCCACUGAAACACCAUAGGAACGGAUGCCACUUGUACCAUAAAGAGCAGGGGCUCGUGAGGCAGCGCGAACGCAGGCCUUUCCCCGCAUCAUUUCUCCUUGUCUGUUUUGACUGAUUCAUCUAGUAUUUGUGUUGAUUAUGAAAGCUGCUACAAUCUGGUCUGCCCAGACCGAACGUUUGAAGGCCUUUCCUUCUUAAUGUCCCUCGUCUCGCCCACCCGUCACCAUCCUGAGAAUAUCCUGCUUUCGAAGCCAAACCAGACUGCAGUCAUCUGAACACUACCGACCGUCUGCGCUCCUGCAGAAACGGCAUUCAUGAUCCACACGGCAGGUUUUAAACGGACGAUUAAAAACUGGUGCAUGAGUGACAUGCAGCGGCGUAAUGAAUGUGUGCACGCAAUGCCUUCUUAAACAUCAUCCCUCAUCGACAGACCGCUGAAAUAUUUAUUCUCAAACAAGGAUGAAAGCCACAAUCUCAACGUCUGGUUCUUGUUCUUCAUUAUAAAAUGCACUCGGGACAAUCUUAUGAAUGUCAAAGGUGGUCGUGUGUCACUCGUCAAUCGCCGACUGUGCUAAUAUUUAUCCUGUGCUUUUCCACCUGAACAAACGUCCCAGUUACCACAUCCGAUUUGUAAUAGUUCAUUAAAAACAUGUUCUGCUUGCUUAUUUCCUGUUCUAGUUUUAUAUAUAGCAUGUUAUGAUCACUUGAACAUUAUUUAACAUUGGCGAUACAAUAUAAGGUUUAGUCAGAUCUACCUCUAGGCCCCUCUUACGAAUAAAAGACAAAUACAAUUAGAAAUACUUCUGGUAACAAUAAAAACAACCUGUUUAUUGUACAAAGACGACGACACUAUAUCCCUAAAAAAAUACAAUUCCCUGACAGUACAAAGGGUUCGGAUGCUCUUGAAGUCUUAAGUGUUGACAGCCUUAAAUGUGGAGGAAGAAUAAUUGAAUUUGAGUCCACCAUCUAAACAUGAUCCAGAAUGUUGUUUGCCUUUGUUUGUUUCCUAUUCUGUAUUUGCUUUUAGCACGAGUCUUACAUUACAACUAAUUUAAUUAUCUUGUCUUACAUUUGAGUGUUUACCAGAAAGGGAAUGCUUUCACCUUUUCCCCCAUUACUACUUUGUUUUUCAUUAUUAUCAGAAAUAUCUACUAUGUGUAUCAUUUCAACCCUCAAAUGAAGUUGCUCGGUCAGUGUAAACCCAGAAAGAGUCGACUAGUUCGGGAGAAUCAUCUGGUGUUUACAGAGCCCUGUUAUGUGUUCGUUUUUUGUUUUUGAAUCUAUUUUCCAUGCUUGCAUCACAUUUAUCUCUUAAUUAUCGUGCACAGUAUUGUCAUGUUUGCGUUCCUCAGAAAGAGAUUGAUGUUACUGUCAUCGUGUGAGUUGUUGAAGCGAGAUGAAUGUGUGAAUUUGUUCAACAUAACUAUCACGAAAAGGCUUAUUGUUAACGUUCUGUUGAAUUAACAGUGGUUUGUGUAAUUUAAGAUUGAUAUGUUCACCGAGGCCUGGCUGGGACAAAUUAUUUCCUUUUUUUUUUUGUAUUUAUGAAAUGUAAUAAAAUGUC